AUGCAGCCAAUUUCAAAAGGUGAGGAAUUCAACUAUUUAGAAGGGACUCCAAGUGGACCAAAGAAUUGGGGAAAUCUUAACCCGGACUGGAAAACUUGUGCUGAUGGAAAAUCACAGUCUCCGAUUAAUAUUGAUGUCAAACGUGCACACGUUAUGCCAGGCGAUUUGAAACGGGCUUACAUCGACGCACCAGCCAGACUUGUCAAUGGGCAUGAUAAUAUUGGUAUUGAGUGGCUAGGAGAUGCAGGAGGAAUACAAGUGAAUGGUUCAACAUACAAGCUACAUCAAUGUCAUUGGCAUACUCCUUCAGAGCACAAAAUUGAUGGGAAGAAGUAUGAAUCUCGACAAAAUGCAAGGCCACUUCAACUACUUGGAGGAAGACCAAUUUGGAUAUUUGAUAUACCUGAAGAAAAAGGGUAG